AGUGAAAAAUCUGUGAAAGUUCUGGAUAUUCCAUAAGCCACAGCCAUGGCCCCAAGGAAACGCAUUUCGAAGAUCGCAUCGCGGAGUAUGGUGCCGGUGGUGCAGACGGCGGCGGAGAGCACAUCUCAGCGUUCGGUUGGCACCCAAACUAAUAUACUGGCAAUGGGUGCAUCGAAGCGCAAGAAGAUCCAGGACAAGGUCAAGCCGCUGGCGUUGCAGAUACCGCUGUCCCAACAGUUGGCGGUCCGUCCACCUGCAGCACCGUUGGCCGCUUCCAUCAUGCUAUGUGAACAACCAGCGGUUUGCCCACCCUUUGUGCCCGAUUCAAAUGAGAAGGCCUGUCAGGCGGUGGACAGCGGUACGCUGCACACAGCCGACCGGUGGAUCACCCCGAACUCCGGCGAACGACAGAUGAGCUACCUCAAGUCCCUGGUGACCAAUCGACGCGAAAAGGCAAAUCACUGGGAUCGCAGACGUCUGGAAACGCUGAUGACCCAGAUCAACGACAAUCCACCGCCGCGUUGGCACCUGGCCUCCCAAAUGUGGCUGGAGGUCGACCAACUUGAGGAGCGCAUAGAGGCCUACGAUCAGAGGGAGCUGCUCAAUGACAAGAAACGUAAAAUUGACGAGGAGGUGGACAAGAACCUGUACGGAGGACAGGACGAAGAAAAGGCCGCUAGGCAGGAUGAGCAGCAGAACGGGGAGGUCCUUCAGCAACCAGCUCAGAUUUAG